AUGAGUGCAAGAGCCCUGCAUUAUGUCUUCAAAAUCGGCGAUAGGAAGGCUUCUUAUGAGUUCUUUACAAAAGUGUUGCAGAUGAAGGUUCUACGACACGAAGAAUUUGAAGAAGGCUGCAAAGCGUCUUGCAAUGGACCAUAUAAUGGGAAAUGGAGCAAAACAAUGGUUGGAUAUGGUUGUGAAGAUGAUCAUUUCGUUAUUGAAUUAACAUACAACUAUGAAAUCGGGUCUUAUACACUCGGUAACGACUACAUGGGUAUCUUCAUCGAAUCCGAUGAUCUGCACAAAGCUAUCGAAGGUCGAAAGGAUGCUAAGAAAUUGCCAUGUGGGAAGCUCCAGAUAACGGAUCCAGACGGUCACUGGUUCCUUAUAUGCCCUGGGAAAGGACCUCCAAAGGUGAUAAAAGUAGGUGUGCGAGUACAGGAUGUGAAGAAAAGUGUAGAUUAUUGGACGAAUCAACUUGGCAUGAAGAUCGUUGAAGAGAGGGAUGGUGGACGUGUAACCAUGAGUUACGGAGAGGGUCAGUGCCGUCUUGAAGUGCGUCAGCUCCUUGAAGGCACUAAACUAGACCGUGGCAGUGCUUAUGGACGAAUUGCUUUUGCUUAUCCGGAUGAAAAGUUGUCCGAAUUGCAAUCAAAAAUCAAAGCGGCAAAACUACCUAUCAUGAAGGAGCUGGUGACGCUGGACACACCUGGAAAAGCCAGCGUACAAGUCGUAAUUCUUCUUGAUCCUGAUAACCACGAGAUCUGCUUCGUCGGGGAUAAGGGAUUCCGUGAACUUAGUAAGGUGGACCCCAGAGCCGAUGAAUUAAUACGCAAAGAAAUUGAAAACGACAACAGCUCAUCCUGGUUCAAAGAUGGAAAGAAAAAAGUUUGA